GAGGUACGGCACCCUUGCCGGGAUGGCCUCCUGGGAGGCUACGUAGCUUCGCUUAGCGUGUUGGCCCGUGUCGGCGCGUGUCUGUGUGUGUCUGUGCGUGUGGGCGCGUGGCAGCCGUAUUGGCGCGUGCCGGCGCGUGCUGGCGCGUGCCGACUUGGGUUGGCGCGUGCCGGCGCGGUUGGCGCGUGCCGGCGCAUGUUGGCGCGUGCCGGCGCAUGUUGGCGCGUGCCGGCCUGUGUUGGCGCGUGCCGACUUGGGUUGGCGCGUGCCGGCGCGUGUUGGCGCGUGCCGACUUGGGUUGGCGCGUGCCGGCGCGUGUUGGCGCGUGCCGGCCGCGUUCAUUCGUUUCUGAGCUUGCCGGCCCUGUCGGUUCGCAUAAGGCGCUUGUCGGCUGUGUUGGUUUAUGUUGGCGCAUGUAGCUCGUGUGUCAGCGCGUGUUGCGUGUUUCCGUGUAUCGGCGCGUGUUGCCGCGUUGCCGCGUGUCAGCGCGUGCCUGGCUGGCCUCUGCGCUUCUCAGGCCCCAGAGUCCUCCUCCCACGCUGUAGGCCCUUAGCUGGGGCGGAGCCGUGGCGAACCCGAGCGAGCCGCGCGGCCGAGCGCUGUCCAUGCGGAGCGCUGUUCGCGCGCUGGGCACUGCCGGGUUCGGGAGCUGUCCGCCAGCCGGUAGCGCGCACGCAGCGACCCCGUGCGGUGAAGUCUGUGGUAGCCGGCUCUCCAGGUACGCAGGACAAAGUGGGGCAGUCAUCUUCUAAACCACAAAACCCGGCCAGGACUGGCUAUACUUCUCAAUCAAGAAGGCAGCCAGAACAUAGUUUUGGCCUUCAACUGCUAAUGAGUGAUAUUAACUCAUCCGUGGAAAGCCUUAACUCAGCUUGCAACAUGCAGUCUGACACUGAUACCGUGCCGCUUCUUCAGAACGGCCAGCAUGCCGGCAAUCAGCCGGCCGCCUCGGGCUCUCGAGGCCAGCAGGCUCAGGCAUCGCCCAAGCAAAAAGUGCAGCGGUCCCAGCCUGUUCAUAUUCUCCCCAUCAGGUGGGCCCAGAGAAGUGAGCUUUGGAUUUUUCAAAGGAGGAAAGGAAGGAGAGGUGAAGCUGCCGAAGUGCCCAGGAGCUCAGAGGAGAUAAUGAAUCGGCGCGCUCAGGAGGAAGACCAGCAGCUGAGAACUUCUUCUCUGCCGGCCAUCCCGAAUCCGUUCCCGGAGCUCUCUGGUGGCCCUGGAAGCCCUGCCGUGGCCGCUGCUGCCGCCGCGGCCGCUGCUCCUCCGAGCAACGUGCCGCCGCCUCCGAGCAAGCCACCCACCAAGCAGGAUGUCAAAGUCUUUAGUGAAGACGGGACAAGCAGGGUGGUGGAGAUUCUGACUGACAUGACUGCCAGGGACCUGUGCCAGUUGCUGGUUUACAGAAGUCACUGUGUGGAUGACAACAGCUGGACUCUGGUGGAGCACCACCCCCAACUUGGAUUAGAGAGGUGCCUGGAGGACCAUGAGAUUGUGGUCCAGGUGGAGAGCACCAUGCCAAAUGAGAGUAAAUUUCUGUUCAGAAAGAAUUAUGCCAAGUAUGAGUUCUUUAAGAACCCAGUGAACUUCUUCCCGGAUCAGAUGGUCAAUUGGUGCCAGCAGCCCAAUGGCAGUCAUGCUCAGUUUCUGCAGAACUUUCUGAACACCAGCAGCUGCCCUGAGAUCCAAGGGUUCCUGCAGGUGAAGGAAGUUGGGAAAAAGUCUUGGAAGAAGCUGUAUGUGUGCCUGCGCAGAUCUGGCCUUUAUUACUCCACCAAGGGGACUUCAAAGGAACCGAGACACCUGCAGCUGCUGGCUGAUCUGGAGGAGACCAGCAUCUUCUACGUGAUUGCUGGGAAGAAGCAGUACAACGCGCCCAACGACCAUGGGAUGUGCAUCAAGCCAAACAAAGCGAAAGUUGAGAUGAAGGAGCUGCGUCUGCUCUGUGCCGAGGAUGAUCAGAUCCGUUCUUGCUGGAUGACUGCCUUCAGACUGCUCAAGUAUGGAAUGCUCCUGUACCAGAACUACCGCAUCCCGCAGCAGAGGAAGGCUUUGCUCUCUCCUUUCAACACACCUAUGCGCAGUGUCUCUGAGAGUUCUCUGGUGGCAAUGGAUUUUUCUGGACAAAUUGGAAGAGUGAUCGAUAAUCCGGCUGAGGCCCAGAGUGCUGCCCUGGAAGAGGGCCACGCUUGGCGCAAGCGAAGCACUAGGAUAAAUGUUCUGAGCAGCCAAAGCCCUCUUCAUACUUCUACUCUGAAUUCAGUGAUUCACAGGACUCAGCAUUGGUUUCAUGGACGUAUCUCCCGCGAGGAGUCUCACCGUAUCAUCAAGCAACAAGGACUCGUGGAUGGGCUGUUCCUCCUGCGUGACAGCCAGAGCAAUCCGAAGGCAUUUGUGCUGACUCUGUGCCACCACCAGAAGAUUAAGAACUUCCAGAUCCUGCCUUGCGAGGAUGAUGGGCAGACCUUCUUCACUCUGGAUGAUGGGAACACCAAGUUCUCCGACCUGAUCCAGCUGGUCGACUUCUACCAGCUCAACAAAGGUGUUCUGCCCUGCAAGCUGAAGCACCACUGCAUCCGCGUGGCCUUAUGACCUCCUUGCCCUAUCACAGAGGCUGGAGGCAGCAACACUGGAACGGAGAAGAGAGGCCUGCAUGAGGGUGAAAACACACACCUACUCCCACCCACGGACUCAGAAAACACAAAGCUUUUUUGAUCGGUACCAACCGACCAACAUCAAUUAGUUAUUGGACUUCACCAAGAUUUACCGCUGCGGAUCAAGCAGGACCACCUCCCCCUUGCGUCAGCCAUUUAAAUGGGGGGGAGGGGGAGGGAAGAGAUCCAGUGCAAGUGUGGGAAGAAACUGGAAUGACAAUUUUGAUUAGGCCAUGUGAGGGUGAAAAACCGCAGAGAAGUGAUUGGAAAUGAACUCUUGCCCUGGAAUAAUCUUGACAUUUCAAACCGCAAUGUUUACUUUUUUGUAUUGAUCACUCUUUUGCACUCCUUCUUCGUUGUUAAUGUUGUACUCAGCCUAUGGUAGGAGAGAGAGAGGAUGUGGCUUUGCAACCCAGAUGAGACAGAGAGUUUUUGAAUUAGCAGACUUCAGCCUGAAAAAAAAUGGGUCCCCAAAGUUUUCUUGAGGGCAUCCUGCUUGCCGCAGGUUGCCACAGUGUAGAUUUGGCUCCUCCUACAUUUAGAGACCCCAGUCUUUCCCAUUAUACUUGAAAAGCUUUUGGUUUUUAAAAAAUAAACUAACAAAAUACAAGGUGUCAGUUGUGGUUGACACCAAGCAUGUUUUGUGACUCAGUCCCGCUACCACAAGUCUGGUCAUUGUUGUUGUUGUUGUGCUGACGUCUGGUCAUCUAUUAUCAGUGUGCAGACCUUGAGACGUCUGGUCAUCUAUUAUUAUCAGUGUGCAGUCUCGUCCCCCAUCGUGCAGGAGACCUCAUCACUUUGGAAAACCCACUGGUCCCCAGCACAGCACAGCUGCAUGACCUCAGCUUUCGACUGAUGUCAGCAAGCCUUCUUGGAACACAUUGGUAUUCCUUGUGGAUGCCACCUAGUCCAUCUGGGGUGCCCCGUGCCUCACAUUUUCACAGCCACCCACUGUUGUAGAGUAAUCGCUGCCUUUGCCCUCUGCAGUAGCCUCGGUCAUUUCAGUUCUCCCACAGGGGUGGGGUGGGGUGGGGUGGUGGGGUUAGAUGAUCUCAAGAGAAAAUGUCAACUUGUUGGCCUUGUGCUCUGUCACUCUGAGCUUUUUGGUGAUAAAGAUAAGGAAACACUGCAGAGGCCGCAGCAUAGGCUGGCUUUGAGUCUUUGCUGGAUGACCUCUGCACCCUACUGAUAACCCCCUAAGCCAGCAGAUGCAGGGUGUGCAGAGGCGAUGUCUUUGCUAGCUUAGGGUGAGAAGUACCUCACAGUGGUUGUGAACAUUGGACAGUUUUGAGCAGCAUGAUGCUUGCUUCCUCCUCCAAGAGAGGAGUCAGAAGGUGGCUGGAGUUGUUGUUGAGUCCCCUGAGCCCCAUGGAGGGACCCUCUGUUGUCCCCUUUAAUGAUUUAGCAGACGGGACUCACUUGAGAAACACACAGACAACCGUGGUGAACAGGUUUCUUUUCCUGACACCACACCUGACUGGCCCUUUGAACCUGAGCUAGCCACCGGAUUGCCAGUCCUGAUUUAUUGAAGUGCUCCCCAGGGAGCACGUUUGAUUGCCCUGCGUUGCGGAUGCGCGCAGUGGAAGAUAGAUGUAACAGCGCUUUGUAAACAGGUCAGCUGCGAGCUGGUCCACAGUAUAGAAACACUGUAGUUCACAGACCACGCAACCGUGUUUCCACGAGAUGUUGAUUACAACAAAUGAAGAAUUUUUUUUUCCUUUUUAUCAUUUUAUCAUUUUAUCAUUUUACCUUUUUAUCUUUUUAUCAUUUUUUUCUUUAUUUUUUAGUAAAACAUUUUUUCGUAAGCGUUAAGUGCUCAAUUGCAUUUCUCUUUUCUUUCGCAGCUAGUUAAUCAUUCAGUUGACAAUGAGAUAAUCCUCAAGUUCAUGCCUGGCAGCAGGCUUCCACUGGUCUUCCCCUUAGGGACAGAUAACGGACAUUUCAGUUUUACCAUACUCAUUUCGCUUUGCUGACUUAAGGUCAGAACUUUACGAAACAGACAGCAGACAACUCUAAGGUUUCUUUCUCCAGUUUACACAGACCAGUCCCCACAGUGCAUAACCGUUUUCUCUUUUGGCUCUACAGUAGACAGCUAGGGCAUGCAUCUCAUAUUUAUAAGUACGCAUUUUAUUUAAAAGGAAGUAUAGGCUUGACUCUGGUUCACAAUUUUGUACGUAGCUGGUUUGACGUAGUAUUUUGUACAUCCCUAGCCGAAGUGAAUUGUUGAAGGCUGCAACCCGCCUUGAGUAUCGCAGACUUCAGUUGCCCCGAGCUCACCAGCCUUUGCACAGGCAGCUGGGAAUUCCACCUGAACAACAGCUAAUCCCUGGGCUAGUGGGUACCCAGCUCCCCCUAGCCAGCGACAGAAGGACAUUUGACUUUUAUUUUUGUAUUUAAUUGACAUGAAUGUAAAGGGGACAGCUCAGGGUUGUUUUGGAGCCUGUUUGACUUUGCAAUCUCUGCCUGUGAUUUUCUUUUCCAAACGAAAACUCCGUGUAGCCACCCACCACCUGGACUAAAUUGAGAAGGAAAAUGCCAAAUGCUUUGGGUUUUUAGCGUUUUUUUUUUUAAUAGGUAGGCUCUGUUAUAUCAUUAGGUGUUAAGAGUUUCUGGACGUGUUUUUGUUUGCUUAAACUUUGAAGAAAUAUGUGCCUCAGCUUAGGUGUUUUGUCUCCUCCCUUCUGCACUUAAAUACCUGACAGUCUGUCCGAUCACUGCGCCUUCGGGAGCGCAACUAGCUCAUCGUAGAUUUGUGAUGUCAUAGUGCAAACUGCGGACGGAAAAAUUGACCUGACAUGUAACCGUUUUCAGGGGAUGCGGAGGGUGUUCAUUCAUAGACAAAACCCUUUUCCCGCGUGCUUUGCUUCACUCUGCGCUACAUAGCUCUUUGGCUCGUGAACCUACUUGUAAACUUUCAGGUAUUUUUGUACACAUAAGGGACUGAUGUUCUGUUUCUUGUUAUUAGAAAUAAACAUUAAUAAAGUGUU